AUGUAUCGUUAUUUCGGGGAGCUGCUGAGCCGCUCCGCCGGCAGUGCUCUGUCCUCCGGCUGUGUGGAGUCCGCUCUCCCGGUCUCCUCGUCUCUCAUGCGGGUCAGGCACUACGCAGACGCCGCGGACCAGCCCGACGACCCCAACUUCUUCCGCAUGGUGGAGGGUUUCUUUGACCGAGGCGCGGCCAUCGUGGAGGACAAACUGGUGGAAGACCUGAAGACCAGAGAAACUCCUGAGCAGAAGAGGCACCGAGUGAGAGGAAUCCUGCGCAUCAUCAAGCCCUGUAACCACGUCCUCAGCGUCUCCUUCCCCAUCAAGAGGGACAACGGGGAGUGGGAGGUGGUGGAGGGCUAUCGGGCACAGCACAGCCAGCACCGGACCCCGUGCAAAGGAGGUAUCCGCUACAGCACAGAUGUGUCCGUGGACGAGGUGAAGGCUCUGGCCUCUCUGAUGACCUACAAAUGCGCUGUUGUUGAUGUGCCGUUCGGAGGAGCUAAAGCCGGAGUCAAGAUCAACACCAAGAAUUACAGUGACAAUGAACUGGAGAAGAUCACCAGGAGGUUCACCAUCGAGCUGGCCAAGAAGGGCUUCAUCGGGCCUGGCAUUGACGUCCCCGCCCCAGACAUGAGCACCGGAGAGAGGGAGAUGUCCUGGAUCGCCGACACCUACGCCAACACCAUCGCACACACCGACAUCAAUGCCCACGCCUGUGUGACCGGAAAGCCGAUCAGCCAGGGCGGGAUCCACGGCAGGAUCUCAGCCACGGGACGAGGACUGUUCCACGGCAUCGAGAACUUCAUCCACGAGGCGUCCUACAUGAGCAUGCUGGGAUACACCCCCGGCUUCCAGGACAAGACCUUUGUCAUCCAGGGCUUCGGUAACGUGGGUCUUCACUCCAUGAGAUACCUGCACAGAUUCGGGGCGAAGUGUGUGGGAGUGGGAGAGAUCGACGGCUCCAUCUACAACCCUGACGGCAUCGACCCCAAGCAGCUGGAGGACUACAAACUGCAACACGGCACCAUCGUGGGCUUCCCGGGGGCUAAGGCUUACGAGGGCAGCAUCCUGGAGGCCGACUGCCACAUCCUGAUCCCUGCGGCCGGAGAGAAGCAGCUCACACGCAACAAUGCUCCCAGGAUCAAGGCCAAGAUCAUCGCAGAAGGAGCCAAUGGACCCACGACUCCAGAAGCCGACAAAGUUUUCCUGGCGAACAACGUCAUGGUGAUUCCUGACAUGUACCUUAAUGCCGGCGGUGUGACUGUGUCGUAUUUCGAGUGGUUGAAGAAUCUGAACCACGUCAGUUACGGUCGCCUCACCUUCAAGUACGAGAGGGACUCCAACUACCACCUGCUCAUGUCGGUACAGGAGAGUCUGGAGAGGAAGUUUGGGAAGCAGGGAGGUCCCAUCCCCGUCGUGCCCACCGCAGACUUCCAGGCUCGAGUCGCCGGUGCCUCUGAGAAGGACAUUGUUCACUCAGGUCUGGCCUACACCAUGGAGCGAUCUGCUCGGCAAAUCAUGCGCACUGCGAGCAAGUACAACCUGGGCCUGGACCUGAGGACGGCGGCCUACGUCAACGCCAUCGAGAAGGUGUUCAAAGUCUACAACGAGGCUGGGCUCACCUUCACAUAG